AUGACUGGCAAUACAAAAAAACAGAUCAACUUCGAAGAACUCCUCGGACUGCCCGGCGGUCCCGAAGCCUUACAAAGGUUCCAGCACGAAGAAGACGAUCAAGCGUCGCCCAGUGCCGACGAUAUGCAGCUACGUCAGCGCGGAGCCAGGGCGAAGAACAACGAUUUCGUGGACAUUUCGACCAUCGACAUCUCGUCUUCGGAUGAGGAAGACGACGAGGAUGACGAAGAAGCACCCACCUCGCGCCGACCCCGCAACGGCCGAGUGCAGACACUGAAAAGGCGUGAAGAAGGGGGAAGUGGCCGUUCUUCACGGACACGCUCACGUGUCAGCGAUCUCGCUGAACUCUCGUCAAGCGAUGAUUCAGGAGCCAGCGGCAAGAAGCGCCGACGGAGACGCAAGAAGGACCUGGGACCAACCCGCCGCUCGUCAAGACAGCAGGCGCCUGUCAAGUCAUACGACGAUACUGAGGAGGACGAAGAGGAAGACUCGAGCGACUCCGAUAUCCUGCGUUCAGACGUGCUGCCCGGCAGGAAGCGCAAGGGACGAUCUUUGCGUUCUUCGAAGCCAGAGAAGAUACCCCGGUCCGGUGUACGACAAUCCGAUCGGUCAACACGAGCCACGAACAACAUGGAAGAGGCUGACCUGGGUGACAUCUACCGCUCUGACUCCGAACCGAAGGCAGCGGCGCCCAAGUUGACGCAAGUUCGUGAGGUGUUUCCCACACUCCCGAGAAGUGACCCAUUCCGAGCACGUCACGCCGAAGGCUGCGAAGUAUGCUACAGUGGCCCGAAUGUUGCGCCACUGAUCUACUGCCAAGGGUGUUCGCUCGCGUAUCACAAGAACUGCAUUGGAACUCGAUCAAGCCGCGAACACCUUGUCACCAAAGUUGGCAACGAGAACUUCGUCCUCCAAUGCAAGCGAUGCAUCAAUAUCUAUCAGAAAAAGGAUGCAACUGCUCCAGAUCUUGCACGUUGUCAGGACUGCACAAAGCACGGUACCUCCUGUGGGCCAUACCGCGUUCGCAAAACUACACAGCAGGAGAUGAAGGAUCGUGAGGACAACGGUGGCCAAGACCCAAUUGUCGACGUGGAUCCAGAUCUUGUCAACAACGCUCACAAUGUGCUCUUCCGAUGCACGAAAUGCGCGCGAGCUUGGCAUUAUCACCACCUGCCUCCGCUCUCGCAGUACGCCAUGAACAUCAACCGCGAAGACGAAGAACGAGCAGAUGAGCGUUUCCGUGAAUACUCCGAGAAAUGGAUGUGCAAGGAAUGUAUCGACACUGAGGACCUAAAGGUAGGCAGUCUCAUUGCCUGGCGGCCAUCAGAUGUCGAGACCUAUCGUCCAGGAGUUCCUUGCGAGAAGGUCGGCGAAGACGAGAAGCAGUACCUUGUCAAGUGGGAGAACCAGUCUUAUUUCCGUGCGACAUGGUUCUCUGGUGCUUGGACAUGGGGCGUCACUGCGCCUGUUAUGCGGAAGGCCUUUUUCAAGCGAGAAGACGGCCCAAAGAUGCGUACCGAGGAUGCCAUUCCCGAGGAAUAUCUCCGCAUCGAUAUUGUCCUCAACAUCAAGUACACAAGCUAUGUGGAGGUCCGGAGCGAGGAGAUCCUCAAGGCUCGUAUCAAGGAGGUCGACAAAGCUUUGAUCAAGUACAAAGGUCUCGGAUACGAAGACGCCGUCUGGGAGAGCGUGCCGACACCCGACGAUGGUGACAGAUGGCUGGACUUUGUCACAGCAUACAACGACUGGGUUGCUGGUCGCUACGUCAAGUAUCCUAAACAAGGUCCUCUCAAAGCCCGCCUUGAAAAGAUCCGCAGCCAGCCUUUUGCGAAGCUCGAGAAGCAGAAGCAGCCAGACAAUCUUGUCGGUGGCGAGUUGAUGAAGUACCAGAUUGAAGGUCUCAACUGGCUUUACUACCAAUGGUACAGCCAGAAUAACGGUAUUCUUGCUGAUGAGAUGGGUCUGGGCAAGACUAUCCAAGUCAUUGCUUUUAUGGCUACCAUGGUACAAGAGCACAAUUGUUUCCCCUUCCUCAUUGUAGUCCCGAACUCCACAGCUGCCAACUGGCGCCGCGAAAUCAAGCAAUGGGUGCCCUCCCUGCGCGUCGUUGCAUAUUUCGGAUCUGCCCAGGCUCGCGACAUGGCCUACAAGUACGAGAUGUAUCCGGAAGGAACCAAGGAGCUCCGCUGUCAUAUUGUUGUCACUUCCUACGAAGCGGCGGCAGAUGAUAGUUGCAGGCGCAUGUUCCGGAGCGUCAGCUGGGGGGGGCUUAUCGUCGAUGAAGGCCAGCGGCUGAAAAACGACAAAAGCCAGCUGUACACAGCUCUUAGUGCUGUAAAGGCACCAUUCCGCCUUCUCAUGACUGGCACGCCUUUGCAAAACAAUGCUAGAGAGCUAUUCAAUCUGCUGCACUUCUUGGAUGAGACGAUCAACGCGGCUGAGCUCGAGGAGAAGUAUGCGGAGAUGACAUCGGAAAAUGUCAAGGAGUUGCAUGACCAGAUCCGCCCCUUCAUCCUCCGCCGCACCAAAGCCCAGGUGCUAACCUUCCUACCGCCCCUCGGCCAGGUCAUUCUUCCACUUUCAAUGAGCCAUUUGCAGAAACAACUCUACAAAUCGAUCUUGUCAAAGCGCCCCGAGCUCCUGAAGGCUCUCUUCACGUCAGACAAGUCGCUCAAACAACAAGAACGCGCGAAUCUGAGCAAUAUACUAAUGCAGCUCCGAAAGUGCUUAUGCCACCCCUUUGUCUACAGUCGCGAGAUUGAGGAGCGAACAGAGGUUGCGGCUGUUUCCCAUCGUAAUCUUGUCGAAGCGUCUGCCAAGCUGAGUCUUCUGGAGCUUCUCUUGCCGAAGUUGAAGGAACGCGGACACCGCGUCUUGAUCUUCAGUCAAUUUCUCGACAUGCUCAACAUUGUCGAAGACUUCUUAGAUGGUAUGGAGAUGGCAUAUCAGCGUCUCGAUGGACAAAUGGGAUCUUUGGAAAAACAGAAGCGCAUCGAUCAAUUCAAUGCGCCGGAUUCUCCCCUAUUCGCGUUCCUGCUCUCUACGCGAGCUGGUGGUGUUGGUAUCAAUCUCGCCACUGCCGACACAGUCAUCAUCCUGGACCCAGACUGGAAUCCUCAUCAAGAUCUUCAGGCGAUUGCUCGCGCUCAUCGAAUCGGUCAGAAGAAUAAAGUGCUUUGCUUCCAACUUAUGACGCGAUCUUCUGUGGAAGAGAAGAUUAUCCAGAUGGGCAGAAAGAAGAUGGCGCUGGAUCAUGUCGUUGUCGAGCAGUUGGAUGCCGACGACAUCGAGGAGCACGACGUGGAGUCUAUUCUCAAGUUCGGCGCAGCUGAGCUUUUCAAGGACGACAACGCUGAUCAGGACAUUCGCUACGACGACGAAUCAAUCGAGAAACUUCUUGAUCGCAGCCAAAUUGAGAACACCAAGUCUAACGCAACAGACGAUUCGGCAGAAGCGCAAUUUAGUUUUGCUCGAGUGUGGGCCAACGACAAGGGAACGCUCCAAGAUGAUCUCGAGACUCCGGACGAGGAAGUAGCUCCAGACCCUGGUGUAUGGGACAAGAUCCUGAAAGAGCGUCAGGCAUUGGCUGCCGCAGAAGCACUUGCAAGAGCUGAGGCCAUGGGUAGAGGCAGACGUGCCCGUGGGAACGUCGACUAUGCAACCGAGAAGGACGGUGUAGACGUUGCAUCAACGGCUGGGGAAGACGCUUUUGAAGACGCACUCGCCCUUAUGUCACCUGUCAAGAACGCCAGCUCACGCAAGAAGAAGAGGGCAGAUUCUGAGAGUGACACCGACUUCCAAGCUGAAAGCGAAGAUGAGAGUGAGCCCGAGCCAGAAGCCGUCACAGCUGAGACAAUCCGACCAGAAGAACUUGAUCUUGAUCGUGCUCGCAAUACUGCCACAAAGGCCAAUUCCUCGAUGUACAAACAGAAUGGCGCAGGUGCGUUCAACAACAUUUCUUCCCAAUCCGGUCAGGCCCCACUGGCAAAUGUCACCGCGAAGGGUCCGAAGUCGAAGAAUCCAGCGCAGCCAGUUGUUACCUCCUCUAAGUCUGCUUCCGGUAAGGCUUCGUCCCGACCUGCACCGCCGGAAUUGCUCGACAUCUCGUCUCGAAAGUCAGCGACUAAAGUCCCCUCUACAGUUAAACCUUUCCGACGCACACAUCUCCCUAUUCGCUCGCCGCUUGAGCCGACAUAUGGCUCCUACAGCAACCGCCACUGUCCAGCAUGUCGCAAGAUGCAUCCUCAAGGUGCAUGCGAACUCAAGGCUGCAGGUGUUGAGCAUUGCGGUCUCUGCGGUCUUGCGCACUAUGGUCACAGCCGCACCUGUCCCCAUAUCAAGUCCGAGACUCAAGUGCGAGCCAUGCUCGAAGCUCUGAGGAAUUCGAAUGAGCCAAAAGAGCUGGUUGAUCUGGCUUCGAAAUACCUACGCGGUGUUAAGGGCACAUUGGUGCAACAGAAAAAGCGCGAUCGUGAGAAGGCUGCAGCCGCUGCUCAGAACGGAGGUGUUCCACCGCAACCACAACCGAAGCCACGUGGUCCACCAAACAAUGCUGGCAAGAUCAUUCCGUAUGCACCAGGCCUUGCCAAUAGUGCGCCAGGCGGCCCUCAAUCACAAUACCCAAACACACACGCUCCUCCGCAGCGUGAAGUCCCGAGCUGGACCAAGGGUCCUGUGGAUGCACCACCACGUCCGAAAACGUUAGCAGAGCAGCAGCGCAUGUUACAGAUGCAGGCACAUGGACAGCUCAACGAACAGGAGGUGGAGAGCGCCCUGAGGGGUUACUUGGGUCAUUAG